GGAUCAGCCUUUAAACCUCCGCCCCGCCGCUGUGCCUCAGUCUGUUCGGUUCGGUUCGGCGGGAUGGCUGACGGUCCGCCGGUGGUCGUGGAGGGGGACUGGGAUCCGUCCCAGCAGAAAAGCGUCAAGCUGAAGCUGCAGGUUUACUUCCAGAGCAAGAAGAAGUCUGGCGGAGGAGACUGCCGGGUGGAGCUGGAGGACGACGCCGCCAGAGUCUACUUCAGCUCCGGGGAGGUGAGGGAGGAGGUCCUCAAGAGGAAGAACCAUGAAAUCGUCUUGGAGAAGGAAACCAUCAAGUUGAAGCUGAGCUCAGAUCCCAGUCAUCAGCUGAUGGGAUCCACAAGCAUUCAGGAGGAUUCAGCAGGUUCAAAUAGUUCGGAACCAAAAGAGAAACCCGGAGGUGGAGCUUCAUGCAGAAGCCAAACAUGUGGAGCUUCUGUUGCAAAAGUCUCCUCCAGUUUGGAACAACCAGCUGACAAAAACUCAGAGCUGGAUCCAAGCCCAGCUGUGGUUCUGGAGAACGUCUCUGCUGGAAUGUCCAAAGAUGUGCUGAUGAUGCUGGUGGAGAACAUUUCUGGUGUGGAGGAAGAGGACUUCAGUCUGGAGAUCCACUUGGAGUCUAACAGCGCUGUGGUCACCUUCAACAACCCAACAGAUGCAGAGAAGUUCCUGUCUGUGAGUCAGGACAACAAAAAGCUGCAGAAGCAUGGACUGACCGCUCGACUACCAGAGCCAGCCAAGAGCGUCCGAGUAGAGAUUCCAUCAGCCUCGGAGCUGGAUCCAAGCCCAGCUGUGGUUCUGGAGAACGUCUCUGCUGGAACGUCCAAAGAUGUGCUGAUGAUGCUGGUGGAGAACAUUUCUGGUGUGGAGGAAAAAGACUUCAGUCUGGAGAUCCUCUGGGAGUCCAGCAGAGCCGUGGUCAUCUUCAACAACCCUACAGAUGCAGAGAAGUUCCUUUCUGCGAGUCAAAGGAAGCAAAAGCUGCAGAAACAUGGACUGACUGCUCAACCACUGGAGGCAGCAAAGAGCGUCCGAGUGGAGAGUCUUCCUCCAUCUGUGGGCUCUGACAUGCUGGAGCUUUGGUUUGAGAAGAACUGGGUUUCGCCAAACAACAUCAUCAUGAUCCCAGAAGAACAAGCUGCUAUCGUGUCUUUCCAUGACCCCAAAGUUGUUCAAAGUAUUUGCAGAACAGUAAACCACAUGCUACGGUCCAUCCCUGUCAACGUGUACUCUUACUAUGAAUCUCUUGGAAGUGCCCUGUACGGCAAAGACCGGCCAACCUGGGAAAUGCCCAAGCCCUUGACAGAAAGUGUCCACCCUGUGAUCUGGAAGUUCCUCCACAUGAAGAAUCUGUUGAAAAGCAUCAGUGAUCAGAUGAGCCCUCACUUCUGCAGUGUGAAGAUAGAUGACCCUGAAGCACAACUCAGCCCUCUGCAGAGCUUUUUAUGGCAGAAAGGUCUAACUGCUACAGAUGUAGAGAACUGGACACAGAACGCCCAACAGGCCUUCCACCGUUUAAUGUCUGAGUACUCUGCCUUUGAGUGUGUGAUGAGUACAAAAGCUUGGAAAGUUGCAGAGAUGGACAUCAGUUCAGUAACAAAGGAGGUUGCUGCUGUUGACUUUGAUACUUCAAGAGAAGUUUUGUCUGUUGCCGGUCGAGCUGAUGACAUGCAGAAAAUCAGAGCUCCUGUGGAGAACAUUGUGCUUAAAGCAAUGAGUCUCAUUGAACGGCAGGAAAAAGGCAUCACAGAGGACAUGCAGUUGUCCCCUGCAUGGUUCUUCAUCCUGAAGCAGGAAGGGCUGCAGAAAGCUGCCAUGGACAUCUCACCAGAGCUGCUCCUCUCAUACAAUGAAGGAACCGAGAAGUUAACCAUGAAAGGACUCUUUGAAGAAGUUUUGAAAAUGAAGUCAUGGACCUCAGAGAAGUACAUGAAAAUGCCUAAAAAAACAGUAUUUAUUCCACCAGCAAUUCUAGAGUAUCUCAAGACCAUGAAUCCCAUGGAAAUGUCAAAGUACUUGUUUACUUCUCAUGGCAUAAGUGCAGUAUACUGCAUUGACACCAAAGGGAUUGUCCUGAUGGGGACUUCUGACAAAGUCCUUGCCGAUGCAGAGGAGAAGAUUAAGGCAGAACUGCUUGUUCAGUCUCUUCAUGUGAAAGAUAAGGAAGUUCUGAAGCUUAAAACCUGGGAAGACCUGAACAAAAACCUGCUUGAUGGCUUCAACAGCUCAAGCAAGAAAACAGUCACAAUUCAGCUCGACCAAGAAAGACAACUCAGGGUCUCUGUGGCUGGCUUUAUGAACCCUGUCAAAGAGGUGAGCAGUGCUUUGAGGAAGUUCAUUGAAGACAACUCAAGAGUUAAUGAAGACAUCCGUUUCCGUUCCAGUGCUGCUGUUGGGUUCAUGGAAAAGAAAAAAAGAUGGAGUUGGCUUAGCAUUGCCAAAGAAAACAAUGUGUUUGUCAAAUUUGAUUCAGAAAGGUCAAGAAUGACCUUCAGUGGGGCUAAUAUCAAUGUCCAGAAAACAAAAACCGCUAUCCUGGAACUGGUUAAUGCUCUCUGCACUGACACCUUAACUGUGGACAAGCCUGGUGCCAAAAAGUUCUUCCAGUCUCAGGGAAGCAUGUUCUUGUCCACAAUAAUGACAGAGUUGAACUGUGUUGUGCUGCUUCAGUCUGAGAUUCCAGAGGAAGAGGAGGAAGAGAGCUUUGGUGAAGAAAACAGUCUUUGUUACUGUAGAGUUCAGACCAACUCUGGUCUUCAGCUUUCCGUCAGCAGAGGAGAUAUCUGCAGUUUUAGUGUUGACGCCGUGGUCAAUGCAGCCAAUGAAGACCUGCAACACUUUGGUGGCCUGGCGUUGGCGCUGCUUAAGGCUGCAGGCCCACAGCUCCAAAAGCUCAGUGACGAUUACGUGGCUAAAAACGGAAAAGUAAGGCCAGGCGACGCCGUCGUAACAGAUGCAUGCAACCUCUCCUGCAAGUACGUCAUCCAUGCAGUCGGUCCACGGUUCUCUGACUAUGACAAGAAGAACUCUGUGUCCCGACUGAAGUCUGCAGUUAAGGAAAGUCUGAGGGAAGCAGAGAGGGUCAACUGUUCCUCCAUCGCACUUCCAGCAAUCAGCUCAGGCGUGUUUGGUUUUCCUGUUCAGCUCUGCGCUGACACCAUAGCCCAGGCCGUGAGGGAGUUUUGUGACAGUCCGCAAGGUCCACGGACCUUGACCGAGAUUCACCUGGUUGACAACAAAGAAGACACCAUCAAAGUCAUGGCCACGGCUGUUAGCAAGGAGUUCAGUGACCUCGGACCGGUCAUGACAAUCCCCCAGCAGAAGAGCAACAAGGGCCCCAAGCCUUCAGGUGGAUAUGCACGGGGUCGAGGGAGAGGUCGAGGUCACAAUCAGGGAUACAAAGGCAGACAACCUGGUGGUAGAGGAGGAAGAGGAGGAGGAGUGGGGCCUUUUGAAAGUCAUGCUGAGAAGAAGGGAGGUCAGAGCUCCCGUGAACAGCGUAAGCAAGAACAAUAUGGAGGGGCGAGGAGGAUGGAGGAGCCGAGCAUUACUUUGGUUCAAGGAAACAUCGAGGACCAGAACACUGACGUCAUCGUCAACACCAUCGCAGAUAACUUGAACCUAACUCAGGGAGCCGUGUCCAAGGCCAUCUUGCGGGCAGCCGGUGACAAACUGCAGACCGCCAUCCGCGCCAAAGCCGGAGUGUCUUCUGUGCCGUUUGGGACGGUUGUCAUCACGGACGGCUUCAGACUCAACUGUCAGAAAGUGUUUCAUGCCGUCUGUCCUGUUUGGGACAACAGGCACGGCCAGGCAGAGAAGGAUUUUGUUUCCAUCAUCAAGUUCUGUCUGGAAGAAGCAGAGAAGCUUCACAUGGCAUCGCUGACCUUCCCCGCCAUUGGGACUGGGAACCUGGGCUACCCAAGAGCCUUGGUCGCCAACAUCCUGCGGAGGGAGAUCCAGUCGUUUGGCCUUAAGAGUCAGCCCCACUUUCUGAGGAGGGUGGUCAUAGUUGUGCACCCCAGCGACAGUAAAACUGUGGAGUGUUUCUCUCAGGAGUUUUCUGUUCCAACGGAUUCAGGGAACGUCCUGCAGGAAUUUGCAGCUGCAGCUUCACCGCUCGGCCAAUCAGAGGAGUUCUGUGUUUUGGAACCAGAAUUUGAAGCAGGACAGGGGCCGGAAUAUGGAUUUGGAUCAGGAUCUGGAUCAGGAUCUGGAUCAGGCUCUGGAUCAGGAUCUGGAUCAUCGUCCUUCAGCGUGGUCUCCUCCCCCUCCCUCGGCGUGUACCACAUGCAGCUGGGCCAGCUCACCUUGGAGGUGUCCUCAGGCGACAUCACCAAGGAGUCCUGUGAUGCCAUCGUCAACUCUACCAAUUCGACCUUUGACCUCAACACAGGAGUUUCUAAGGCGAUCUUAAGCAGCGCUGGACCCACCGUUCAGAGGGAGUGUGCACAGAUCGUGGCUUCUCCGGGUUACCAGCCUGGUGGGAUGAUCAUGACCGGAGCUGGUCUGCUGCCCUGCAGACACAUCGUCCACAUCACCAUCCAGAACAACGUCAGCCACAUUAAAAACAUGGUUUUUAAAGUGCUCAAGCUCUGCGAGAAGAAUAAGUUCACGUCUGUCGCCUUUCCAGCUUUGGGAACAGGUCUUGGAGGAAGCCAUCCGUCAGCUGUGGCCAACGCCAUGGUUGAUGCCGUGGUGGACUUUGUGAGGAAGAAAACCCCCCAGUUUGUUCAGAGAGUGAAGAUCCUGAUCUUCCAGACGGAAAUGAUUACAGACUUUCACAACAGCAUGAAGAAGAGACAAGGAGAGGAGGUGCAGGAGAAGAGCCUCUAUGGGAAGGUCAAAGACACCAUCACUUCAUUUUUUGGGGGCGAACCGGAGCGUCCCGCUGACGUCCGUCUGCAGAAGGAGGAGUUCGAACCCGCGGUGUUUCAGCUGUGUGCCGAGAACCAACAGACUGUAGAUGAGGCGAAAAAGAAGAUCAACCAGCUGAUCGUGGCCGAGCAGGCGAGGAGAACCAUCACUGACCCGUACAUACGUCAGCUGUCUCAGGCCCACAUGGACGAGCUGAACCAACUUCAGAGAAGACUGACGGUGAGAAUCAGCCUGGAAAGAGGCCAAGAAGAGGACGAAACCAAGAUCCAUCUGGAGGGUUUGACCCGGGACGUCGCAAGCGCUGAGGGAGAAAUCAGAGACAUCAUUCGGAAAGUUGAGAGGAGCGAGGCAUUGAAGACCAAAGCCACCCUGGUGAGCGGGCUGGUGGAGUGGCAGUACCGGGACCAAAAGGGGAACAUGGUUCCCUUCGACAUGUACAUGAACCUGAGACUGGAGGAAGCUCUGGAGAAGAAACAACCCGUGAAGAUCAAAAUCAACGACAAAGACUUUGAUGCUGAUCCAGAAAAAAGGAAAGCGGUUUUAGUUAAUGGGAUGACGAAUGUGGAGCUGCUCAGGAAAAACCUGAAAGAGCCUGAAAAUCCUCUGCCUCCACACUGGGACGACAUGAAGGAUGAAAUCAUGAAGCUGGUUCCUGUGGCUGCGGGGUCGCAGGAGCACGCCGCCGUGAUGGCCAACGUUACACCGAGCGGCUUCUCCAUUACCGUCAUCUCUAUCGAUCGGGUCCAGAAUUCCUGUCUGUGGCAGAGUUUCCAGCUCUUGAAGAAGCAGAUGGAGCUGAAGAACAAGCACAACAACAAUGAAAAGGUUCUGUUCCACGGCACGUCUGCUGACUCCACCGACCAGAUCAACACCAAGGGAUUCAACCGCAGCUACGCAGGACGAAACGGUGCGAUGUUCGGGAACGGCUCCUACUUCGCCGUGGAUCCCGCCUAUUCGGCUCAGAACUACGCCCAACCCGACAACCAGGGGCACAAACGCAUGUACCAGGCCCGGGUUCUGGUCGGGGAUUUCACCCAGGGAAGUUCUGGCAUGAUUAUCCCUCCCUCCAAAUCUGGGCAGUCAGCUGACCUGUACGACAGCGUGACGGAUAACAUAAACUCCCCAACCAUGUUUGUGGUGUUCAAUGACACCCAGGCGUACCCAGAAUACCUCAUCACCUUCACAUGAGCCUCCUGAGCUGUUCAGCACCCCAAGUACCAGAAAAACGCUUCCAGUUCUGUAAACCAUCUUCACCGUUUGGUUUUGGGCUCAGAGGGAUUUGGGUUUAAGUGACUAUUUUAGAGAAAAAGAGAUUUGAUCAGUUCAGGUUCAGAUCAUUGAGCCUUCAAGUGUGUUGGAAGAAAGAAAGAGCAGAUGGAGAUAAUUCAGAGUCUUUGAAUGUUUAAGUUUUAGUUUUUUCUUCUGUUCACUGUUCAACAAUGAUGAGAGGAAGGAAGCUGAUCUAUAUUCUACUGUUCUAUCAAUCUGUCCACGUUAAUAAAGACACUGAUUGGACCUGAA